CAGUGGGACAUGAAGCUUCUGUGCUGGAUCAGUAAUGGUGAAGAUGACCUGAGGGAGAGCAAGGAGGCAGUGGUGGGGAUCCCCCUCCCAGAGCCGGGCCCAGGGGGUUACAGCCCCCCCAAGCCCGACCGUGGCCCCAGACCUGCCCCAGGCUCCCCACGCUCCGUACCUCCACAUAGGGGUAGAAGCUGGUGUGCCCCAGCCCCUGCCAAUACGGUGCUGUCUCAAAGCGCAGCUUGUAGGUGCCGGCCUUGGCCUGUCCCGCUGCCAGGAGGGGCUGGCAGCGUCCAUCCGUGUCCGUGUACCUGAAACCAGACCGAGCCAGCCCUGCUGUAUCCCCAGAACCUGCCCUGAUCAUACCCCCGAGCACUGGCCCUGCUGCUGGCAGCCCCCAGGCGAAGGCUGGGCAGCCGGUUGUGCCAGGAGCCUUCAAACAAGCUCAUGGGGACCGGCAGCAGCAUUCCUGUCCCAUUCCAGUGUCACCAGCUCUCCUACCUUUGUGCCAGCUCCCUCCACUGUGGCCCUGGCUCCACCAGCUGGUCCAGGCGGAUGACAAGGCCAGCUGCCGGCAGCCCCGUGACUGUGUUCAGCACGUGGGUGGUCAGGGAGCCGUUCCCCGCAUCGGACAUGCUGUCAGCCUGCAGUGGAGGGGGAAGGGGGCCUGGGACCUGUCCUGGCAGCACCGUGUGCCUCCCCUUUGGCUGUGCCAUAGCCCAGCCCCUACACCCUGUUGUGCCCCACAGUUGGGAUAUGGGCCCCCACCUCCUUCCCAUGCCACAGGGCUCAGCCCCAGGCACCGCAACCACCAUAGUGUGGGUGCUGGCUGGUUCCUGCUGGGAUGCAGGGCUCUGUGCCUGCAGCAGCACCACGCUCCCUGCUCACCUGCCUGUCCUGGUGGGCCAAAGCAUGGCAGCAGCAGCCAGCCUGGACCCAACAAGGAAGUAGCCCCAUCCCUGCCCACAGUGUCACGUGCGGGUGGACAUUGACCCCCUGACAGCUCUCUGAAGUUGUCUGGGGUCAAAGUCAGAGCAGUUGGGGCAGCUGGGCCCCUUCCUCUGCUGGAGCUCCCAGGCUGGAGUGGGACCACAACUCAGGGCUGCGUCCCAGCAGCCAGCACGGUCAGGCAGCCUCCCUGGAACCGGACCAGCUCCCGCUGCCAGCCCGGCACCGGCUGACACAGAGAGGCACCCCAGCGAGCUUACCUGGCUGUCCUCGGUCCCGCUCAGCCAGGGGCCUGUGGCCGGUGACACUGCGCAAAACGCCAUCCCUGGCCCUGGCCGCCCUUCCUGGCGCCACAGCCUCUCCCCACAGAGCUGGUGUGGCUGGAUGCCGCUAUCCUGGCACAAGGCUCCCGCAGAACUGGGUGCUCCUCCCUGGCUGGGCUGAGCCGGCACAGGCAGCUUCCCACUGGGAGCUGUGCCCAGGAGCCCCACUGGCACCCACUCUCCAGCAGUGCUGCAGCCCUGGGGCUGGUGGCCCAGAGCCCGGCGGGAAGAUGGGGUGCGGGGCCAGGAGAAGCUGCCGUGGAGCUGCCAUCCCAGCCUCACCUCCCACCAUGGAAAGCACCUGGAGCGCGUUGGCGGUGCGGCAGCCGGGUGUGUGGGGCUGCUGAGAGCCAGCACCGGCUUCACCACAGCCUCACCCUCCCCGUCUGGGCUGGGUGGGCAGCGGGGGGGCUCAAUAUCUCACCUGCACUGUGAUGCGGGCGGUGGUGGUGGCUUGCAGCCCGUGUCCCCCCAUGUCGGCUGCCUGGAUCUCCAGCGUAUAUUCAGGGACCACCUGCAGUGAGAGGGGCUGUGUCACACCUGAACUGGGAGUGGGCACUGGGUGGGGACCAAGCCCGGGACUCACCUCUGCCACUAGCCCUGGCACGGCCACAGAGAUCAGCCCGGAGCUGCUGUCUAUGGUGAACAUGCAGGGCUGGGGCUGCUCCGGUGCCUGGCUCAGGAUGGAAUAGAUCACGACUCCAUUGUUGGAGCUCACAGCAUUGUCUGCAUCAGUGGCCAGCACCCGCAGCACUGGCGUGCCUGGAGUAGGUGGUUAUUGGUGACCUGUCCGCACAUCCCCCCAGCACUGCCUCUCAGGCAGUGAUGGUGGUCCCACCUGGCUCAGCUCCCUCUGGCACAGAGCCAUGGAAAGCUGCCUGGGAGAAGAUGGGUGGGUUGUCAUUCUGGUCAGCGAUGGUGAUGAUGAUCUCCAUGGAGUCCUCCACAGGCUGCCCGUUGGCUGACACAGCAUGGGCAUAGAGCUGUAAGAACACAGUCAGCCUGCAUGCAGCCCUCAGGACCGUCCCCCCCUGCUGCAGGUCCCACUCACUCACUGUGUAUUUAUCCUUCUCCUCCCGGUCCAGAGGCUUCGUCACCUCCAGCCACCCUGUCUCCCGCUCGAUGAUGAAGAUGCCCAUAGGGAUAGUGUCCACUCCUUGUCCUGUGAUGCUGUAGAAAACCUUGGUCUCCUUGUCCUUGUUGGAUUUGAUCUGGUGGUGAGGCAUGAAAAGAGGGGUAAGAGGGGUCCUGGUGCUCCAGGGCCUCUCAUUCCCACACCCUGUCCCCUCAGGGCCAUGUACCUGCACCAGCUUCUUGGGGAAGGGCCCCGGGUCGUUCUCAGGGCAGUUGAUGGGGGGAAUGACCCAGUCCCUCUUCUGCCGCUGGAGGCCGCGUCUGUGCUCCGGGAAGGUCAGCGUGUCCCACGGGAUGGAGAGUGAGGCUGCAGGACUAUGGAGGAUCAUGGCUCUGCCCCGGGGCUCCGGGGUGGCUGUACAGUGCCCCUGGCCCCAUUGGGAUGGUCUCACCAGGAGGAGGAGGAGGAGGAGGGUGAAGCCGCCCCCUCCCCGGCCCCGCCGUGCGCCCCCCCGGGGCUGCGCCGCGAGCUGUUCCCCACACCAGGGAGCUCCAGAGGCUGCACGGGGCCGUGCGGGACCGAGGAGUGUGAUGCUGGGGUGCAGAAGGACACGGGCCCCAUGCAACUGCCGAGGGUGGGCAGAGCACUCGCCAUACCCCUCCCAGAUGCUGAUUCCCCCUGGGAUGCCACCGGCCAGCCGGACCCUGUUCCAGUUCUCAUGCAGAGCAGGCGCUCCCCCCAGGAGCUCCCCAGGACUCACGCUGCUCUCAGGAGGCAGAAGAGGGACUGGGUGAUCCCCCCCAUCAAGGUUCCUGAAAACGAGAGGGGCCCCUUCCCCAAAAAACUGGUUCAGAUCAAAUCCAACCGGGACAGAGACACCAAGAUCUUCUACAGCAUCACAGGGCAGGGAGCGGAUGCCCCCCCCGAGGGCAUCUUCACCAUUGAGAAGGAGUCAGGCUGGAUGAAGGUGACGCAGCCGCUGGACCGCGAGCACAUCGACAAGUACCACCUCUUCUCCCACGCCGUGUCUGAGAAUGGGAAGCCAGUGGAGGAGCCGAUGGAGAUCAUUGUGACCGUGACGGACCAGAACGACAACAAGCCCCAGUUCACGCAGGAGGUGUUCAGGGGGUCUGUGCUGGAGGGAGCUCUGCCAGGCACCUCCGUGAUGCAGGUGACAGCCACGGAUGCGGACGAUGCAGUGGAAACCUACAAUGGUGUCAUUGCCUACUCCAUCCUGAGCCAGGAGCCACGGGAGCCCCAUCCCCAAAUGUUCACUGUCAACCGGCGCACUGGCACCCUCAGUGUCAUCGCCAGCGGCCUCGACCGGGAGCGUGUGCGGGAGUACACACUGACAGUGCAGGCGGCCGACCUGGAUGGCGAGGGACUGACCACCACGGCGCUGGCCGUCAUUGAGAUCGCCGACAUCAAUGACAAUGUCCCUGAGUUCGACCCCAAAACGUAUGAGGCAGCCGUGCCGGAGAACGUGGCCGGGCGGGAGGUGGCCCGGCUGGCUGUCACCGACCUGGACGAGCCUGGCACGCCGGCGUGGAGAGCCAUCUACUCCAUCCUGCGCGGCAACGACGGCGGUGCCUUUGCCAUUGCCACUGACCCUGUCACCAAUGAGGGCAUCCUCCGCACAGCCAAGGGUCUGGACUACGAGGCAAAGCAGCAGUUCAUACUCCACGUGGCAGUGGCCAAUGAGGUCCCCUUCGUUGUGAAGCUGCCGAUGGCCACCGCCACGGUCACGGUCACUGUGGAGGACGUCAAUGAGGCACCAGUGUUCGUGCCACCGGUGCAGCUGGCCACGGUGUCAGAGGAUGUGCCGCCGGGGCAGACCCUCACCUCCUGCACAGCCCAGGACCCCGACAAGGCACAGGGGCAGAGGAUCAAGUAUCUGGUGGGACAUGACCCAGCGGGGUGGCUGGCCGUGCACCCCGACAACGGCCUGGUGACAGCACGGGACCAUCUGGACCGCGAGUCCCCCUUCACGAAGAACAGCACUUACAUGGCUUUGCUGCUGGCCGUGGAUGAUGGCUCACCACCAGCCACGGGCACAGGGACACUGCUCCUCACCCUGCUCGAUGUGAAUGACAACGGCCCCGAGGCCGAGCCACGGGACAUCACUGUGUGCCAGCGCAGCCCCGAGCCCCAGGUCCUCACUGUCACUGACAGGGACCUGCCCCCCAACACCGGCCCCUUCCGUGCCGAGCUCACCCAUGGCUCAGGGGACAGCUGGGCCGUGGAGGUGGGUGACACAGGUGACACAGUGACCCUGCGGCUGGUGGCAGCGCUGGAGCCAGACACCUACAGCGUGUACCUGCGGCUGCUGGACCGGCCGGGCAGGGCCCAGGUGACCGUGGUCACCGCGCGGGUCUGUGCCUGUGAGGGGCCAGCGCAGGGCUGUCCCCAGAGACCCCAGCCCGUCACCGCCCUGCCCUUCGUCCUCGCAGCCCUGGGCGCGCUGCUGGCCCUGCUGCUCAUCCUGCUGCUGCUGCUGCUCUUCGUGAGGAGGAGGAAGGUGACGAAGGAGCCUCUGCUGCUGCCUGAGGAUGACACGCGGGACAACAUCUUCUACUAUGGGGAGGAGGGUGGUGGCGAGGAGGACCAGGACUAUGACCUGCGGCAGCUGCACCGGGGGUUGGACGCCCGUCCCGAGGUGAUCCGCAAUGACGUGGCCCCCACCCUCCUGCCAGCCCCACAGUACCGACCCCGACCCGCUGACCCUGAUGACAUCGGCACUUUCAUUGAGGAGAACCUGAAGGCGGCUGACACGGACCCCACAGCUCCCCCCUACGACUCGCUGCUGGUGUUCGACUAUGAGGGUAGUGGCUCGGAGGCCACCUCGCUCAGCUCCCUCAACUCCUCCAACUCUGAUGAAGACCAGGACUAUGACUACCUCAACGACUGGGGCGGCCGCUUCCGCAAGCUGGCUGAGCUCUAUGGUGGCGGGGAGGAGGACGAUUAGGGACCCCUGCCUCGCUGCCCCCUGCCUUAUCGCUGCUUGUGCCUUGGGGAUUCCCCCCCCGCCAUGCCCUCCCCCCCCCCAGCGCAGCCCCCUCACCUCCUUGCCUGCGUUUUUGUGGUUAUUAUCUAUUUUUUAAGGUAUGGAAUGACAGCGUGCAAUGCUGCAGAUGAGGGGACGGCAGCUGGGUCAGUUUUAAUAAAGGAUUUGGUUUUUUAGACAC